GGCGGGGCUGGGAGCCGUGGGCGGCGUGGCGCUGCUAGCUGGGCGCAGGGCCGGAGGUGCUGGGGAUCGAUCGUGCUCUGCGCGCGGAGCUGCGGUGUGCCUCUCGGGAAAGCCCAGCCUUGCGGGCAGGAGAAGCGGCGGGCGGCGGCGGACCCCUCCGACUGGUACAGGGCCUCGAGCCGAGCAGGGCCGAGUGCUGCGGGGGCGGGGGGGGAAGCAGCCGCGGCGGCGGGUCCCGAGCGCUGCGCGCCAUGGCAGGCGGGCCCCCCAAGGCCCUGCUGUCCACGGGGCCCCAGUCCCUGCGCGACAUGCCGCACCCGCUGGCCGGCUCCAGCAGCGAGGAGGCCGUGGGAGGCGACAGCACGCCCAGCCCGGACCUUCUGAUGGCCCGCAGCUUCGGUGACAAGGAUCUCAUUUUGCCCAAUGGUGGUACUCCAGCAGGCACUUCGAGCCCAGCGUCAUCAUCUUCCCUUCUGAACAGACUCCAGCUUGAUGAUGACAUUGAUGGUGAAACUCGCGAUCUCUUUGUCACAGUUGAUGAUCCUAAAAAGCAUGUCUGUACAAUGGAGACCUACAUCACAUACAGGAUCACUACCAAAAGCACUCGGAUGGAGUUUGACUUGCCAGAAUAUUCUGUUCGAAGAAGAUACCAGGAUUUUGACUGGUUGAGAAACAAACUGGAAGAAUCACAGCCCACUCAUCUCAUUCCCCCGCUUCCUGAGAAGUUUGUGGUGAAAGGGGUCGUGGAUCGUUUCUCGGAAGAGUUUGUGGAGACCAGAAGAAAAGCUCUGGAUAAAUUCCUAAAAAGGAUUACAGAUCACCCUGUGCUCUCUUUCAAUGAACACUUCAAUGUCUUCCUCACUGCUAAGGACCUGAAUGCCUACAAGAAGCAGGGAAUGGCACUGCUGAGCAGAGUGGGGGAGUCAGUCAAGCACGUCACCGGCGGUUAUAAGCUGAGGAGUCGGCCUCUGGAGUUUGCAGCCAUCGGCGACUACUUAGACACUUUUGCACUCAAACUGGGAACCAUUGACCGGAUAGCCCAGCGGAUCAUCAAAGAAGAAAUAGAGUACCUCGUAGAGCUGAGGGAAUAUGGGCCUGUGUAUUCCACGUGGAGCGCCUUGGAAGGUGAACUGUCGGAGCCCCUGGAAGGUGUGUCGGCCUGCAUUGGGAACUGCUCCACGGCCUUGGAAGAGCUGACUGAUGAUGUAACAGAGGAGUUUCUACCAGUGCUCAGGGAAUACAUUCUGUACUCAGAUUCCAUGAAGAAUGUAUUGAAGAAGAGGGACCAAGUUCAGGCUGAGUACGAAGCCAAACUGGAAGCUGUGGCUCUGAGAAAGGAAGAUCGUCCCAAGGUGCCAGCAGAUGUGGAGAAGUGCCAGGACAGGAUGGAGUGCUUCAAUGCUGACCUUAAGGCUGACAUGGAGAGGUGGCAGGGCAACAAGCGACAUGACUUCCGGCAGCUGCUCGUGGGCUUGGCUGACAAGAAUAUCCAGUAUUAUGAGAAGUGCCUCAUGGCGUGGGAGUCAAUUAUUCCGCUACUGCAAGAAAAACAAGAGACCAAGUAGAUCUGUUCUUGGAACAGAGACUCUUCUGCCUCCACAGGGCAUGGCACCCUGAACCAGAGUGUCCCUGCAGUGCCGGAGAGGUGGCCGUGAGAACACAGCACAACAACACCUCCCGUUUGUGUACUUUCUCCCUCCCCUCCCCCCACAGUUGUUUUUCAGUUUAGUAUUUAUUCCUUGGUGGAGUCUGUGAGUCUGUAAUCAUCUCUCAACAGAAGCAUACCUCCAUAUUGUGAAAGAACCUCCUAAAUGGAACACUAAGAAGACUUGAAACUAAGGGACAGAACAGCCCCCAGAUGACAUGUGACAUCACUUUGGGGGCAGCCCAAUUGCUUUUGUGAGACAGAACAAGAACCUUGCGUUUCAGGGACACAGGAGACAUGAAGAAGGCAGCUGUGGCUUGCUGUGGAGACCAUGUGGUUCUGCACUUUACCCCUAAGGGCAUUGACCUGUCCCAGCAUAGGAGGUUAGGUACCUUCGUGGAAAGUCCUUAAUUUACAGUGACUGUGGCCUACUGCCUGCUCAUCAUGAGUGGCAUCUUUUGACUUGUUUCUGGUUCACGUGGGUCCAUUUAAAUCAGUGUCCCUGUGCACCAGUGCUUGAGCCAGCGUCCUCGUCCUUAUGCCAUGCCUCAGGAAGCUGAAGGGAAUGCUCCUGGAUCGUGUUUCUGGCAUCACAGUGCUAUAGAUGAGAAGCUUUUCGGUGUGAAUUGGCAAAAAAGGUGCAUUUUUCUUUGUGAAGGUGUCAGUGUGCUUGUUUUGCUUGUUUAACCAUUGUCGUGGUUGCUCUUAGACCUCUUAGGAAACAACUGCUAUUUUAUGGUCAGCGACUCUCCUGUGUGCCAAGCCCCAGUCCCAGUGUCUGCUUUAUGCAAUUUGCCUUUACUUCACCAAAAAUGUCUGGUUUAAUACUUCCUGUCAUGCCCACUGAAUAUCUGGGCAACCUUGCAGUGAGGGCUGGUAUGUCACAUUGUCAUGACUGUCACCAGUUUGUAAAUUCAGUAUGAAUGUUCUACAUGAGUGUUUAACACUCAGAAUUCUGUGGUCAGGACGAAAACAUCUGCAGGGUGCUCAGAGAUGAGAGUGACAGCAUGCUCUUUGCUUCUAGAUAUGUGGAAAUCUCCAUUUGCUGCCCAGAUCUGGAGACUGCUGGCUGUGCUUAAAGUCUUCAUUUGAAACUUUUCAAGUUGCCAUAAAUCCAGAAGUUAGAAUGGCUCUUUUUCAGGCCAUUGUUGAAAAGCAGCUGCAGAGUGUGUUCUUUCAUCUGCUGCUCUUUGCUAAAACGCAUAAAUCCGAGCUCGGGUAAAUGGAGGGGGUUCUGUUUGUUUUUAGAAUGAAGCAGUCAUGUUGCUGCUUCACAUACAAGUUAUUUGCAAAUUCUAAUCAGCGCACCGCGUGCUGAAGCCUCCCUUCCCUCGCGCAGAGCUGGCCUCCAUCAUGGACAGCAGCUAGACAGCAUGAAACAAUUUGCCUUUUCCUCACAUGUUGCUGCUUCACAUACAAGUUAUUUGCAAAUUCUAAUCAGCGCACCGCAUGCUGAAGCCUCCCUUCCCUCGCGCAGAGCUGGCCUCCAUCAUGGACAGCAGCUAGACAGCAUGAAACAAUUUGCCUUUUCCUCACAUUUGACAAAUUUGUGAUUGAAAUAAUAGUUUCUGCAAUUCUUGGUACUCGCCCAGACCCCUCUGUGCCAUCCUGAACUCCUUUGAUGUGAAUUCUGUUUGGUACAAAUAGAAAUGGCCCGCUGGAGUGGAAAGGUAAGAACAGUCUGUCCACUCCAGACUUCAGUGGCCUGGAAUCUCAUUCCACCUCCAAAGCCAUCAGGUUGGCGUGGGUGUAAAUGCCCAGAGUCAACCUGAGCUUGCUGGUAGAGUCAGGGCGUGUGUCCAUUGUUAGAUGUCAGCAGACACCAAGCUGGCCCAGCAACGAUGUUCAUCUUUGGGAAACAUGAAACUUGGCUUUGUGGAUUGUGCCCUUGCUAAGUGUCGUUUGGCAAGAACUACAGAAAGAAUUGAGGAGAAGCUAAAAUUUGAUGACGAGCUGGUUGCUGAAACCCCAAGUCAAUCCUGUGUGCUGGUUAGCUACACAAGAAGGAAGCCUGUGAAAACAGCCCUGGGCUGCAGGGGAAGUAAACGGAGGAAAGCAGGAUCCACAGGCAUUCCCUCAAGAGAGGCUGGCUUUUACGGCAUCUUGAAAUUUCUGUCUUCUAUUUAUUUGGCCAGCAAGCAAUGUCCCUAGACUUUGAGAUUCCAGAAAGAGCUGGGAUAAUGGAAACUUUCUGUUCCCUAGAAAUGAUGUCAGUGGCUAAGCCAGGAACAGCCAUGCACAAGAAGUCACUCUUAACCCUGUCUUCAGGCUAGCAUCUGGCCCAGUAGACAGUGGAAAGAGGCCUCCUACCCACCUACUCUGGGGCUCCCUCAAGUUCCCGGAAGCUCAGCAGUCCCAAGCAUUUGCUUCCUCUUGGCCAAGCCCAAAAGAGAUUCCCCCCACAAAAUAUUGCUCAGAGACUACAGUGUCAAAAGGCCUUAGAAGAGGCCUCAUUUGUUCCUUCUGAAGCCUUUGCCAUGAAGUCACGGAUCCCUCUUGUUUAUUUCCCAUGAGACUUUGCCUUGAGGGCAGAGCACUGGACUCAGGUAGAGAGACAUGGAUAGCUUUGGAGGCUUGAACACGGGACGGUGAAGUGAAAGUUGGCCCUAUGACUGCCCGGUCCUGAGAGAUGGAGGGUUUCUUCCCUGGGUUAGAGAUCUGCAUGGGCAAGAAAAGAGUUCUUAAAAACCAAGGAGAUUGGAGAGAUGCAAGAGUUUAGGGCAGCCAGGCGGUGGUGGCACACGCCUUUAAUCCCAGCCCUCGGGAGGCAGAGGUAGGUGAAUCUCUGUGAGUUCGAGGCCAGCUUGGUCUACAAGAGCUAGUUCCAGGACAACCUCUAAAACUUCAGAGAAACCCUGUCUCGAAAAAAACAAAAACAAAAAAACAAAAAACAAAAACAACAAAAAAAAGAGUUUAGGGCAGUGUCGUGGUUUGUAGUAGGAAAGGAUACUAUUAAUGCUGACAGUUUACAAGAAGAAUCUGAGCUGCUGUGCUCAAAUCAAGGAGUAAGGAGGGGCUCCCUCCUCAGCCUCUGUGGGGUCGGGUUCAGUAAUGAUUGUUGGUGAGUGGAAAGUAGGCUUAGGGAGGCAGUGGGCUUGGUGCUUCACCAGGCAUUUUCCCAUAGCUGAAACAAGAAAGCCCCACUGUGCUUGGGGACAGAGGUGAACCCUCUGGAGUGUGCUCUAGGUGUUGAGUAGAAUGUACUCUUUCUGCUGUCCACGGGAAGAAACUGUCCAUGUACACUGCAGCCCUUGGUGAGGCCCAAUGGAAGUUUUGACUUUACAAGUGAGCGUAAUGGCCAUGCUUCUCUUAGGAUAGCACCAAAAGAACACUCAGCCUCUGGGCCUUGGUCCUGUCCUGUGAAGGCAGGACCUUCUGAAGCUCUAGGUACUAGGUAGCUGGUUGUUUCAGUGAGGUCAUCCGAGCCAUGGUAAGGGCACUACACUGCACUAUCCUGAGCGGGUUGGGGUGGGUAGAACAAAGCCAAGGACUGCCUUAGAGACUGUGUUGACACUACUGGCUUGGGUCUUGGAGUCAGCUGGAGGUGGGCUCUUCUCUGGCUAGGUGGAGCUGGCGACCAUGAAGGGUGAUUCUUAUGGAGGAUCAGCUCCUGGGGCUGGGCCCCUUCUGGACCCCAUCUUCUUAUAAAGGGUAUUUGGAAAUGAAGUAAGGUAAGCACAUGGCUAGGGGACUUUGCUCACCUUCAUUUACAAAUUACGUUGGGAAUUUGGGCUUGAGGAUGACAACAGAUUGCAUGUGCCUUCUCAUCAUCUGUGACUUGCUCUGCUCAGGUAGCAGGUGGCACUUAGCAGUAGAGUUGAGGAAAAUGACCUCUUCUUGGCCAAACAGAGGUGCAGUCGGUGUGCUGGGGCUGCCUGCUUCCUCCCUGUUUUUAAUUUAGUGACUAAUGGGGGAACUUCGUUUUUUACCAGCCUGCUCUGUAGGUCAUCAGUGUUCCGUUUUGAAGGUGUCCCCAUGCUUGUACACAUCAGAGGACAGGAACUCGGUGUCUGAGAAGGCUGGAGGCACUGUUACAGGGCUGACCAUUCUCUCUUAAUCAUAUCUGUUUGGAAUAUUCCUGGGUAUGACUGACUAUCCAAUACUUUAUGUGUGGCAAAAAAAAAUGUUACUAGUUCUUAACUAUUGUAGUUUGUAAAUAAGCGCUGUGGGUGGGGAAACUUUUAAAGAGAUAAAUAAGAUGUGUAUCUCAUAUCGGUGUUCUUAGCACUUGAAAACCAACCCACCCAGGAAAAGCCACAGACUGUUAAAAGCAUAGCAGUAGUUCUUAAACAGUUGUCAGUACCCACUAAUUGCCUUACUAGUGUUUUAAAGUGUUGGCAUAGAAAGAGUUUUACGUGUAGAAGCAGUUGGUCUAGAAACUUAUUAUGGGCCAUCUUCAGUCCUCUUAAAGUCACAAGCCAGAGGUAUAGGUCACAGAAGGAGGGUGGCCUUUGGGAAGCAAGACUAAAUAUUUCUGUUGGCAAAUGGUAUUUGAAAAUAAUGUCAAGAAACAGGGAGCACAGCCCGUUUUGAUGUUUUUGAGGGAGAAAGACAAGCUUAGUGUGCUUUGGCCUAGUUGGGGUGUGGAGGAUACCGACAUUAUCAGCAGUGACAAAUUGCAUAGCUUCAGAGAACCCUCCAGAUUACGGCAGCAUGAGAGGCUUGCCUUGCCUCUUCAGAGUGGUCUCAGAGCACACUGGGAUAGAAAUUCUCCAGAGGUUGAAAUGCCAAAUAGCUUACCUGUUCUGCCAACUCACUCACUACUAAAGCCAGUGUUGAAGGGUUCAAAUGUGCCUCUCCCAGAAGUACCGCCCAAGUAUUGGGUGAUUCUGGGCUUUCCACAGUCCAGGUCAGAGCAGCUAACACCUGUGCACACUGCUGUUGAACAGGCUGGGCCACAGCCUUAGACUGGCACUCUGCCAGGAACAGUGCUGCAGGGAAGGAAGAGGGGCUGUGUCCACUGGGCCUUCAUCUAUGAACAAAGCAGCACAAGCCAGCGUCUUUUCCAGUCAGCACGGCCCACGUAGGCCGUGCUGGGCUGGGCUCCCUCAGAGUCCCUGCUCAUUGUAUUUCCUUGUGCCUGUUCCCUUCAUGCCUGCGUCAGGAACGCACGGAGAGACAGCCUACACCUGACAGACUCCCAUGAAGCAAACUGCCAGCAAACCUUCUGACUCCCAUGCUAACUCUUCAAGGGCAUGAAAACAAAUAUUUGGACUUUUUUAGAAAUUGUUCUUUGUGUUUAAAACUUCCAGAGAAAGAAACAGGCUUCUGAGGAAUGGAGUCCCACCCUGGUGUACUGGCUCUCUCCCUGCUGCCAUUAAACCAAAACAAAAGCUGUGAACAUAAGUGCUUGAGGGAAUAUGUGUUGACAAGAAAGUGAUUUAUUUACAGAACUAAGUCUUUGUCUCAUGAAACUACCGAAAAAGAAUGUCACCUUUCUCUUUGUUACAGAACCAGAGAUGUUUUGUUGUAUUUUUUUAUGCUGGCACGAGGUUCUUGUCCUCUUUGAUUUUUCAUGUAUCUGUGUGUAAGAAAUUCUGUUUGUUGUUUACUAUGGAAUUAGUAUUUCAUUUUGAGGUAAACAAAGAAUUUGUAUUGCUUGAUAAACUAUUAGCUUGUAAAUUAAAAAAAAAAUCUUUACCUCACUUAAAGCAAUGGACCAAUAAACCUAUAAAAGAUUUA